AUGCAACCAAAACAGCUGGAGGAUUUUCUGGGCCUGGUGGCUCAGAUGAAGAGCGAUAUCCAAAAGCUGAACAUCCCUUCGACACCAAAUUCGGUGGAAAUCAUUGAUAACGACCCAUUGGUACUACCUGAAUUCGGGGCUUCUUCUCUCGAACAUGACACAUUAAACACAUCAGCAUCCAGUCGACUGUCAGGAACUGAAUGGCUGAAAGAACAAUGUCAAUUGGCAGCUAGGGCCAACAGCGGGUUCUCAGCAGAGGAUCUCCAGGCCAUGCUGACUGACAUUCUCAAAUCUGACAUAGCAGACAGCGAGCUCCAGGGCACUCUUGCGGAUAUGCUCGGGUUUGACAAUCUAGGUCUAGUCAGUGAGUUGAUUCAACGUCGUUCUACUCUAUUCAUUGAUGAAGUAAGUAUCCCAGUUGACUUUGAAAAGGGCUCUUUACUGCCAAUUCGUUUUGUGCAAUAUUCGAUAGAGGCUGUAGGGGUUGGAGUUAAUUAA